AUGUCAUCUCAAACUAAGUUCAAGAAAGACAAAGAGAUCAUUGCCGAAUAUGAAGCCCAAAUAAAAGAGAUCCGCACGCAGCUGGUGGAGCAGUUCAAGUGCUUGGAGCAGCAGUCGGAGUCGAGGCUGCAGCUGCUCCAGGACCUCCAGGAGUUUUUCCGCCGGAAAGCUGAGAUCGAGCUCGAGUAUUCCCGCAGCCUCGAGAAGCUGGCCGAGCGCUUCUCCUCCAAGAUCCGCAGCUCCCGGGAGCACCAGUUCAAGAAAGACCAGUAUCUCCUCUCGCCCGUGAACUGUUGGUAUCUAGUCCUGCACCAGACCAGGCGGGAGAGCCGAGACCAUGCCACCCUCAACGACAUCUUCAUGAACAAUGUCAUUGUCCGCCUCUCCCAGAUCAGUGAGGAUGUCAUCAGACUCUUCAAAAAGAGCAAGGAGAUUGGCCUGCAGAUGCACGAGGAGCUACUGAAGGUCACCAACGAGCUCUACACAGUCAUGAAAACCUACCACAUGUACCACGCAGAGAGCAUCAGUGCGGAAAGCAAGCUGAAGGAGGCCGAGAAGCAGGAGGAGAAGCAGUUCAACAAGUCGGGAGACCUCAGCAUGAACCUGCUCCGGCAUGAGGACCGGCCCCAGCGCCGCAGCUCUGUGAAGAAGAUUGAGAAGAUGAAGGAGAAGAGGCAGGCAAAAUAUUCUGAGAACAAGCUGAAGUGCACCAAGGCCCGGAACGACUACUUGCUGAAUCUGGCAGCCACCAACGCGGCCAUAAGCAAAUACUACAUCCACGACGUCUCCGACCUCAUCGACUGCUGUGACUUGGGCUUUCACGCCAGCCUGGCCCGCACCUUCCGGACCUACCUCUCAGCCGAGUACAACCUGGAGACCUCUCGCCACGAGGGGCUGGACGUUAUCGAGAAUGCCGUGGACAACCUCGAUUCCCGAAGCGACAAGCACACGGUCAUGGACAUGUGUAACCAGGUCUUCUGUCCCCCGCUCAAGUUUGAGUUUCAGCCCCACAUGGGGGACGAGGUGUGCCAGGUCAGUGCCCAGCAGCCUGUCCAGACAGAACUGCUCAUGCGGUACCACCAGCUGCAGUCCAGACUGGCCACUCUCAAGAUUGAGAACGAGGAGGUUAGAAAAACUCUGGAUGCCACCAUGCAGACCUUGCAGGACAUGCUGACUGUGGAGGACUUUGACGUCUCUGACGCCUUCCAACACAGCCGGUCCACGGAGUCUGUGAAGUCGGCCGCCUCCGAGACCUACAUGAGCAAGAUCAACAUUGCCAAGAGGAGAGCCAACCAGCAGGAAACAGAAAUGUUCUAUUUUACGAAGUUUAAAGAGUAUGUGAACGGCAGUAACCUCAUCACUAAGCUGCAAGCCAAGCACGACUUACUCAAGCAGACUUUGGGCGAAGGCGAGAGAGCGGAAUGCGGUACAACCAGAGGAAGAAGAAAUGCUCGAACCAGGAACCAGGAUUCAGGACAAGCUAUACCACUGGUCGUCGAGAGCUGUAUCCGAUACAUCAAUUUAUAUGGACUCCAGCAGCAAGGCAUCUUCAGAGUGCCAGGAUCUCAGGUUGAAGUCAAUGACAUCAAAAAUUCCUUUGAGAGAGGUGAAGACCCCCUUGUGGAUGACCAAAAUGAACGAGACAUCAAUUCAGUUGCUGGUGUUCUAAAACUGUAUUUCCGAGGACUGGAAAACCCCCUCUUUCCUAAGGAAAGGUUUCAAGAUUUGAUAUCUACUAUUAAACUGGAGAGCCCAGCUGAGAGGGUGCACCAGAUCCAGCAGAUCCUCAUCACCCUUCCCCGCGUGGUCAUCGUGGUCAUGAGAUACCUCUUCGCUUUCCUCAACCACCUCUCACAGUAUAGCGACGAGAACAUGAUGGAUCCCUACAACCUGGCCAUCUGCUUUGGGCCCACCCUCAUGCACAUCCCCGAUGGGCAAGACCCUGUGUCCUGCCAGGCACACGUCAACGAAGUCAUCAAAACCAUCAUCAUCCAUCAUGAAGCCAUCUUCCCCAGCCCCCGGGAGCUAGAGGGACCUGUGUAUGAGAAAUGCAUGGCUGGAGGGGAAGAAUAUUGUGACAGCCCGCACAGCGAGCCAGGGACCAUUGAUGAAGUGGACCAUGAUAACGGCACCGAGCCUCACACCAGUGACGAAGAAGUGGAGCAGAUCGAGGCCAUCGCCAAGUUUGACUACGUGGGGCGGUCCCCGCGGGAGCUCUCCUUCAAGAAGGGAGCCUCACUGCUGCUGUACCACCGAGCCUCCGAGGACUGGUGGGAGGGUCGUCACAACGGCGUGGACGGGCUCAUCCCACAUCAGUACAUAGUUGUACAGGACAUGGACGACGCCUUCUCUGACAGCCUGAGCCAAAAGGCCGACAGCGAGGCCAGCAGUGGGCCGCUGCUGGACGACAAGGCCUCCUCCAAAAACGACCUGCAGUCCCCCACGGAGCACAUCUCGGAUUACGGCUUUGGGGGGGUGAUGGGCCGAGUGCGGUUACGAUCUGACGGAGCAGCCAUCCCCAGGCGCCGAAGCGGGGGCGACGCACACAGCCCGCCCCGGGGCCUGGGCCCCAGCAUAGACACACCGCCCCGGGCCGCCGCCUGUCCCAGCAGCCCCCACAAAAUCCCCCUCACCCGGGGAAGGAUCGAGAGCCCCGAGAAGCGGAGGAUGGCGACGUUCGGGAGCGCCGGCAGCAUCAACUACCCCGACAAGAAGGCGCUCUCCGAAGGGCACAGCAUGCGGUCGACGUGCGGCUCCACCAGGCACAGCAGCCUGGGGGACCACAAGUCCCUGGAGGCCGAGGCCCUGGCAGAAGACAUUGAGAAGACCAUGAGUACGGCUCUGCACGAGCUUCGAGAGCUGGAGAGGCAAAACACGGUCAAGCAGGCGCCAGACGUGGUGCUGGACACCCUGGAGCCCCUGAAGAACCCGCCAGGCCCCAUCAGCUCGGAACCGGCCAGCCCCCUGCACACCAUCGUUAUCCGCGACCCCGACGCCGCCAUGCGCCGCAGCAGCAGCAGCUCCACCGAGAUGAUGACCACCUUCAAGCCAGCCCUGUCCGCCCGCUUGGCCGGCGCCCAGCUGCGCCCGCCCCCCAUGCGGCCGGUGCGACCCGUGGUCCAGCAUCGGUCCAGCAGCAGCAGCAGCUCGGGAGUAGGCAGCCCAGCCGUGACGCCCACCGAGAAGAUGUUCCCCAACAGCUCGGCUGACAAGUCGGGCACCAUGUGA